UGACUUAUCAAAAUUUGACAAGUGACUUACUGAAACAGUGUUCGAUACGGUGAUAAAUAUUAUUUAGUGCGAAUUAUUAUACAUUUGUGUGAAAUUACGUUAUUGCUAAAAAAUGGAGGAUAUGGCGCGACUAGCUCUUGUGGAACAGAGUGUUCGGGACGUGGAUACAUUCAGUAAAAUUCUCUACGAGCUCCUGCACCACAUCAGUCACAUACUGGAGAACCCCCACGACUACGAUUUGAGAACAAUAAGGAGUAAUAUACUCAAAGAUGUGCUGAAACAUGACUCUUUCAGUGACUAUCUAAAAUACCUCGGAUUUAAAACAGUUAAUAAUGACUUCAUUUAUCCUAAAGAAUUGACACUGAGUAAUUUAAGGAUGGCGCAGUUUGCUAUUGAAAGGAAAAUCAACUUUUGCUAUGGGUCUCUAAAUAACAGUAGAAUGUCGGUGGGCUCUAGCCAUAAUAGAAGCUUGGACACAAAGAAUGAACUGACACCCAUUCAAGUUUUGACAACGAAUAAUGAGCUAUUAAAAAAGAUAGAGAUGUUGUUUAACAAUAUGUUGGUGUAUGAGGAUGAGGAGUUGCAAGCACUCGCUCGGGAACAUAUACCACUUGUCACGCUGCAGCUGAUGGCCCUGGACAGAAUGAGGGAGCAACAGAAGAAGAUUAAGACUGGUGAAAUCAAAGGCCACGACUUGUCGUUCGACAUAGCUCUUCUCAUGGAGCUGAUGGGCUGGUUCAAGCACAAGUACUUCUCAUGGGUGGACCAGCCGCCGUGCGAGACUUGCGGGGGGCCCACAAAGUACGUCAAGUCUACCUCAAUGAAAAUCAAUGACGAGACGUGUAGAGUCGAAAUGUACAAGUGCUCGCGAUGUCCUGUGGGCGUGACCCGGUUCCCGCGGCACAACAGCCCGCGCGCACUACUGCGCACGCGGCGCGGGCGCUGCGGCGAGUGGGCCAACUGCUUCGCACUGUUCUGCCGCGCGCUCGGAUACGACACGCGCUACGUGUACGACACCACCGACCACGUCUGGUGCGAGAUAUUCGACUACGACUCGAACACGUGGCUGCACGCAGACCCUUGCGAAGCGAAGCUGAACGCGCCGCUGCUGUACAGCCACGGGUGGAAGAAGAAGCUGAGCUACGUCAUCGCACUGUCCCGGGACGACCUGCAGGACGUUACCUGGCGGUACACUAUGAACCAUAAAGAGGUAUUAAAAAGACGGACGCAGUGCACGGAAUCUGAGUUGAUAUGGUGCAUUAUGACAUUACGCGAACACAGACAGCGGCAAGUGUCUGAAGCGAGGCGCAAAUACCUCACCAAGCGGGCGCUCGAGGAACUUGUGCAGCUAAUGGUAGAAAAACAACCAAGCGACUUCGAGUCACACGGCCGCAUCUCCGGCUCGAAGCAGUGGCGCAUGGAGAGAGGGGAGGCGGGCUCGACAGAGGAAGGUCACGUGUUCGAGUUCCCGCGUCCAGGAACCUACUGCGCACGUUACCACCCCGGGCCGGACCACUACCGCCUCACGCGCGACGGCGAAGAGUCGCAGCUCAUCAGGUCCUGGGCGGUGGCGGCGCACCAACACAACAACAUCUUCAGGAAGGUGGAGAACGAUUGGCACAAGGUGUACCUGGCCAGGGAAGACGGUGAGACAGCGGGCCACAUCUCCUGGAAGCUGGUAACGAGUGACGCCAGGUUACAAUGCACGCGCCUGCGCAUCUCCGCCGCGUCCGCCGUGUAUGAAAACGGUGUCGUGACCUGGACCCUUAGGUUCGACGAAGGGGAGCCCGUACCAGUCACGCUGACAGAAACGCCAACGACGUUCGAUAGAAAAUUCAAGUCAGUGGAGAUCGUGGCGAAUCUCUCAGGAGGUGUCGGUGAAGUGUCCUGGCAACACGCGCAAUUGUUCCGACAGGGCAGCGACGACACGGCCUGCGCCUUUGAAGUCACCGCAGUCGUUGAAAGCGAGCCUUAAGUCGCGGCUCAACUUAAACUUUGCCUCGUUUGAUUAUAUAUGACUUGAUAAAAUCAGACUCAGCUAACCGUUGUUUUUAAUACAUGAUCCUAAUCGUUAUUUUCGAUCCUUCGCGAAAAUGUUUUUUUUUUAUAUGGUUACAAAUUUCUUAUUUUGGUUUAUUCUCGGGAUUAAGGAUCGAAGAUUAGGAUUGGGAUUGUUAUUAAAAACAGCCGUAAAAUAUUCUUUGUUCGAUUGUCUAUGGGUAAAUUGCUGUUUUGAACGGUCCGACGUGGUUUGCGGCUUUUGAUUGUGAUUCCCAUGCCUUUGCUCACGACUUUGCCUUAAGAUUAUGCUCAUUCGGUUUAAGUGAGGUCGUACUGUGUUUCUGUUGCAAUUUAAAAAAAUGCAAUCUUUAACGGCCGUUUUAAAUAAAGAAUCCCAAUCUUGAUCUCCGAUUUGAUCCAGAGAAUGAACCAAUCAAAAUAAGCCAUUUGUAAGCAUGUGGAAAUACUAUGUUAUGAUUGGACCAUUUUCACGAUGGAUUGGAUUCGUUUAUUUAAAACAGCGGUAAGAAUUCAAGUGACGUUACCAAAUUGAAACUAAAAUGUAGAUAAUUUAUUUUUUGGCUAAAAUUGCCAGAAAAAAACAAAGAUGUGCGUGCAAGAAUUGCUUUAGCGGUAAUUUGUGGAAAAAAAAUAGAAACAUUAUUUACUUAUUGCUACAUUUUAGGGUUUAUUUAUUUUAAAUUAGUUUAAAAAAAAAGUUGUAGGUUCCUUUAUAAAAUAUAUAAUUAGAAAAAUAUAUCGCCUUUAUUGUACUCGCAAUAUCAAUUAAGUAGUUCACUUUAUGAUGUAUUGUUAUAUUACGCUCAAUAGAUGGCGUUAAGUCAAUAUAAUACAGCGCCUCUAUAUGGCACGAAACGACACGAACUGUUGUGACGUUUUAUUGUGAUUGGUCGAAGGGCGAACAUGUGCCCCGCACGUAGUUCACUCGACCAAUCAUAAUGAAACGACGCAGGCGAUCGUGUCAUGUCGUCACACUACAUCACAGAGGCUGAUUACGUCAACUAAAUGUUAAUGUACAGUCAACUACAAAAAUAGCUGAACAAAUUAAAAACUCCAUAACAUUUCUACACAAUGACUUCAAUCAAAAUAUGAAUUUUUCUAUGUCAGAAAUAAACUAAAGCUUCUGAAGAUGAUAUUCGUGGAGUAAUCACGUUGAUACGGAGACGAAAGUUUAAAAGCGAUUUGAUAUUUUUAUAAACUACUUUUGUGGCUGAUUACAAUAGACGAGUUGUGUUCGAAUGGUAUAUUGCCAAAAACAAGUUGCAUACAUUUAUAUUCUAUUACAGUUUUUAUUCUUAUCUAUCCUUUUUUCCUAUCUAUCUGUUCUCAUCUUUGUCUAUUAGCAUUAAGGAUUGUAAAAAGACAUCUUGUUCUAAAUCUCCAGGCGACCAAAACGCAUCCAUCGCGCCUCCUUUGUACAAUGGAAAGUGAAUAAAGUAAUUAACAAGUAUUGUGUUAACAAACUGAAAUUGAAUAUGCAAUUUGGAAAAGGGCAAAUGUCAUAAAUAUAAUAUCUAGAUCUAUAUCGAGAAAUGUAUAUGUAAUAACAAAUAACAAACUUCUGUAGUUUUUUAUUGCUAAUUGAACCCAACUUCUAACCCAUUUUUUUUUCUACACUACAUUAGAAAGUUUCCAUUUCCUGAACUUUUUACAUUUUUGGACAUGUGCCCUUUUCGAAAUUACAUAUUCAAUUAUGGCCGUCAGCAUUAACUGAUAUAACUAUGAAACAUCCCAAAUUGAAAUUGGCAUAAUGGAAAAUUACCAAAAAAAAACUAUGUAACAAAAAAAAUUAUCGAAGCGAAUGUGAUAUUCUUUUUUAUAUCGGUAACGCAUUUUUUAAAACCCGCUCAGUGGAAAUAAUCAUUUAUUACAUUAUAAAACAAAAAAAUACGCUUUUGCUCUAUCUGCCUCAGUUAUAAGCUAAGAAAUAAUAAAUUAUCAUCAUCAUCAUCAUCAUCAUCAUCUCAGCCACAGGAAGUCCACUGCUGAACAUAGGCCUCCCCCAAGGAUCUCCACGUCGACCUGUUGGAAUAAUAAUAAAUUAAUAUAAAUAAAAUAUUCUAAAUUUGGGGUAGGCUUCUAUUGUUGGAAAUGGCGGAUUGGAACUAUUUAUUAUCUAUUAUGUUUUCGUAAAACCUAUGAUAAAUAAAGCGUCGAGAAGUUUGUCAUUGUUAUGUAAUGUUUAGCAAAUUUUGCUCUUUAACAAUUCUUUCAUGCUCUGAAAAUAUUUACAUCGUUAUGCAAAUAAUAUAGCCUUUUUUUAAAUUUAUAUGAACAAAAUUGUCACUAUUUAUAUAGUUUUAUCCCCUUAUUCAUAAACGUUAUUCAUCUAAGAACGGAGCAUUGCUGUGAUGACAAGUCUGUUUCUCAGCUUUGUUUAUCUGGCAGCCAACUAGAUUCAAGUUGUAUCUCAAUAUUAGCCAAUCACAACGGCCCUAUGUCUACGCACUGCGAAGGCUGCCAUGCCAUCAGCACUGAGAAACAGCCUUGAUAUCACAGCAAUGCUCCGUUCUUAGAUAAAAAAACAUCUUUGAAUAAUGGGAUUAUAGUUUAAAGCGUUUGCUAAACUUCAAAAAUUUGUUUAAGUUUGGAACAAACAAUCCGAUGUCCUGGCUUUACUAUAUUAUUGAAAUAAAACUAUUUUGCUAUCGAAAACUUUGCAGUCUUCAUAGUCAAGGGGCCAUGAAGGCUGCAAAGUCUUCGAAUCGUCGGAAGAAAAUUAUAAAAUAAAAAAUCGCGAUAACAUCCGCAAACAAGUUUUAUUUUAAUGUCUAACAUUCGCGUAAACAUAAAAAAUCAUUACGUAUAUAAAUUACCGUUGACAUAUUUAAUAUUUUUAUAAAAUUCAUAAUAAAACUUUCACAUUGAAUAAUAAUAUAGUUCACUAUUUCGUAAUAAACGUUUAUAAUCAGAGUUAAAAUGCAGCCGUACGCGUGGUAUUUAAGUACCUAUGUAAAAAAAUACAGUCUAAUGGUUUCAAUAGUAGUUUUCAAGAAACGAUUCAAAUGUUAAACUUUGAGCCGAUUUCGAGAGUAAAUCAAUAAAUAAACUAGUAAGUAUGUAGAGAGUAUAUCUUUAAAAAAUGUGCGUAACGAAAUAGUUUUUACGAUAGUUUUUGUCAUCUGUCUUUUUUGCUUGUUAAUAAAUUCUAUCAAAUAUAUGGAAUGAAUGUUUUAAAAACAGACAAACGCAAAACGACAAAAAUAGUAAAACCUAUUUCGUUGCGUAAAUUUAUUUAGAAAAAUACUCAAAAUUAUCUUACUUUUGAUUGAUCCAUUUUAGGAUAGAUCAAUAAAAGCGAUUUGGAUCGUUUAUUGAAAACGACGGUUAGAGACAAAACACAGUUUGUUCUAAUUACAAACGUUUACUUCUUUUCUGUAUGCUCUUGUAUAAAAUAAAGCAAUAUUGUAUUAUUUGACUUUAAACUUGAGGAUUUGUUUGUGUAUCGAACUGUAUCAUUCCAUGUAGAAUUUUGUGAUAAACUAUUUGUAUUGAUUAUAUAAAGACAAUGAGA